UCGCUCAUCGGCAAGAAGAUCAAGGUCGCCGUGCGCGCCGGCGGGCCCGACCCCGACAGCAACCGCGCGCUCGGGCUCAUCAUCAAGGAGGCGCAGGCGCUGAACGUCAAGCGCGAGAUCGUCGACCGCAACAUCAAGGCGGCGAGCGAGGGCAAGGACGGCGCGGACUUCAAGGAGCUGACCUACGAGCUCUACCUCCACGGCGGCGCGGGCGUCGUCAUCAACGCGCUGAGCGACAACAACAACCGCGCCUUCAGCGACGUCGGCACCGUCGUCAAGAAGGCGAACCUCAAGCUCGCCGAGAGCGGCAGCGUGCUCCACAACUUCCUCAAGAAGGGGCGCAUCACGGUCAUCGCGGAUCUGGACGAGGACGCGGCCAUCGAGCUCGCCCUCGAGGCGGACGUCGACGAGGUCGAGGUCGUCGCGCCCGACGCGGACAUGCGGUCCGACGGCGAGGAGGUGAAGAGCGUCGUGCUCGUGGAGCCCGGGGACCUCGGCGCGAUGCAAAGCGCGCUGUCGGACGCGGGCUACGCCUGCGUCGGGAACCUCGUCCACGAGCCCAUCGCCGGCACGCUCGUCGAGUGCGGCGAGGACGACCUCGAGAAGAACCUCCUCGUGCUCGACAAGCUCGCGGAGGUCGACGACGUCGACACCGUCGAGCACAACAUC